AUGGCGUCGACGGUGUGUGUGUCUAGGUGCCGACUUUUAGCUAAAUUAGAAAUAAAUCGUGGUUUGUGUUUAUCACCAAUAUUACGAGAUUUGUCAAAUAACAGAGAAUCAUGGUGUCGGAGAUGGCGGCCAACGCGUCGUUCGUUUUUCACAGGCGUAUGUUUGCAUGGAUCAAAAACGGCACCUACAAAACUGGAUCCCGAAAAAUCUGACGAAGUGUUAGUGACGUACCGGCGUGGUCUACCGGUGAUAACAGUGCCGCUGCCGUCUCGUCGCGAACGCUGCCGGUUCACACUUCGUCCUGUUUCGCAGACCGUCGGUGACCUUCUCGAACAGGUGAAGGCGGAAGAUCGCGGCGUGGAGCGUGCGGUCGCGCUCGCAGCGGAUGAACGGGUUCGCAUCGCGGCCAGCGACACGGUCGAGUCGUUAUUGGAAAAUGACUUCCGACUGCUCAUAAAUGACACCGAGUACUACGUUAAAAGUCCACCGCAGGAACGCCUAAGCAAUGAAGAGAUCACCAGAUUGAGCGACGUACGUAACCUCGUCAAUCAAUUGUAUGAAGCGCUGAAUGUGCGUGAACACCAGAUUCGAAAGGAAAGGGAACUCCGAUCGCAGCUGGAAAAGUUAUCCGCUGAACUGCAGCCGCUUGAAGAGAAACGCAUGUCCCUAGAAAUGGAGACGACUCGCCACACAUCUGCUCUGACCUGGGUGGGUCUUGGUUUGAUGGGCGUGCAAUUUGGAGUUUUGGCGAGGCUUACCUGGUGGGAGUACUCUUGGGACAUAAUGGAACCCGUCACGUACUUCGUUACGUAUGGCACCGCUAUGGCUGCCUAUGCUUACUUCGUUCUUACUAAACAGGAAUACAUACUGCCAGAUGUAAAAGAUAGACAGCAUCUUCUUACUUUGCAUAAGAAGGCGAAAAAGAUCGGACUUGAUAUUGUCCAGUAUAACAAUUUAAAAGAUGAGAUGGAUAAGCUCCAAAAGGACCUAGCGCGUCUCCGCGACCCCCUGCACAUCCACUUACCUCCAUCAAACACAUACAAGAUAGACGACAUCAAACGCUCACCCUUGACCAAAAUAAAGGACAUGCUAGAAGGGACGACCAAGAAGAUGAAAAUCACGUAAUACACGUUGUUUUAAUCGUUGUAUGACAUUUUAGGUAGAGCUUGUUGAUUCUAUUUUGACCGGUGCAUUUUAAGUUUGAACGUUGAACUAUAUAGUACUGAUAUUGAGUUAGCACUGAACUACGAACUGUAUUUUUUUUUUAUAAAGAAUGGCUUUCGUAUGUGUAGGAUUUUGUGACAUAUUUUAUAAUUUACAUUUUUAUAAAACAUACGGGACAUUGCAUUGAUAGAAUGAAGUCGGUAUGUUUUAUAAUUUAAAAAAUAAUUGAAAACGUAUUAAUAUAUACAAUCGUCACAUUAGUCAUUUUUUUUAAAUCUUAAAUUAAAAAGAAAAAAUAGUUAGAAGAGUACAAAACGGGAAAUACUAACAAUAAAAGUAAGUCCUAACAGCCGAUCUAGUCACUUAGCAUAAAUAUACAUAUCUUAGUUCAAUCCAAAUAACCUCUGACUGAUUCUGACUUUGAAGUAACAAAACUAUAAAAGUACCUUUACCGAGUCGCAUUUCAGUGCUAACCUCUCAGAUUAUAAAACAAAGAGCCGAUGGAGCCCACUGAACAUAGCGAAGCAACAAAAACGAAAACAAAAUCAAAAGUUAAUGCCACAAGGCAAAGCGACGUGUCUUUUUGUAAAUUCGCUAAAAGUGCUGUCACUUUACUUAUAAAUUAUCGACGUAUUAACAAAUUGUUACGUACGUACAUACGCUACGCCUUUUGUUUUUUAAUCUGAGGCUAACCCUUUGUAAAUAGAAAACAAGUGAAUGAUAUUAAAAUAAAAUGAAGAACUAGCACAGAGUGAAUAAAGUUAGCAAAUAUCAAGACUUAUCAAAAUAUGGUACAUAUAGUUCAAUAGGAGGGAUAUUUUAAGUACAUUUUGCUGUAAUUGUUAUGAAGAAAAGUCCGAGAAGGUAAUGUUAUAACUAAUAACGGUUUAUCCUUAAAACUAUUGCAAUUCUAUUUAUGUACCUACGUCUUUCUAGUUAAUUUAGACCUUAUACUAUAUAUGUUUUAGAACCACAUUUCAAUAGUUUAACUUAAUAACCAUAUAUAUAUCAUGAAAGAUAUUUAUUACCAUGUUUGUAUUAUUCUAAAUGAAUGUUAGUAAGAUCUUAUUUGUUACAUCUUUCAAUUUUCAAAAUAACGAAAAAUAUAGCUUGCGUCAGACUUGAAAAUGUUGCAACUACACAAAAUUAAAAAGCUAUACUUAAAAAAGUUAUCAAUAUAAUUCGCAUUAUUCAAAUAUAUUUUCUUUAAAAAUAUUGUUAAUGUUUUUACCUGUCAUAUUAAAGGAGCGUUGUGUAUAUAUGACAGAUCUAGCAACAUUUUUUUAAUCUUAUGCCACUAAAACGAAAAAAAAAUAAAUGAUAUCUUUAGAUAAAUUUACUUAGAAUAAAUUAUGUUAUUUGUUAGUGUUUUAAUCGUGCUCAGAAUUAUUGUUUCCUAUUUAUCUAUUUUAAGACCUAUUAAACUUUUUAUUAAAAUAACAGAUAAAAAAUAUAAGUCUGUGCCAAUAUGACGUUGACAAAAGUAGAUUUAAGACAUGCAAAAUUUUGCCGCUUUGCAACAUAAAAUAUACAAUUUAUUUCUUUUGUAAUAAAAAUAUUUUAAAUGAAGACAUACAAAUUAUAAACUAAAAUAAUUAUUUUAUUUACUUAUAAAAUAGAUUAUUUUAUUUAAACUUUUUACUCAUUUUAAACGACAUAUUUCCUGUUAAGUAUUCCUAAUAGUAAUUCUAGUCUCUGUACAAAUCAUUUAAAUCUUGUGUUCCUUUUGACUUGCCCUGAAAUUUUAAUCGAAAAGUUUUUUGUGUGUACAACUAAUCAGUAAAAAUAUUUAAAAUAAACCAACACAAAUAAAAUUAAUUAUUGUAAUUGUUAUUUAAUUAAAUGCACAAAUUAAAUUAUUGUGUUUUGCUCGAAUUUCAUAUUAUUGCUUUAAUUAUAUAAUUUAUUUAAAUUAAUUAAAUAUAGAUAACUGAAAUGUCAAGAGUUGAUUUGUCUUUAAUUAAAUGAAUUAU